AUGACCACCCUUCGAGACUUUCAAGCAGAGAUUCAGCAAGCGCAAUCUCGCGCGCUCACCAAACAGCGCGCGCAAGGCGCUACCGUGGAGACUAAUGUUGACUGGCGCUCAGCCGAUCGGGCAACCACCUCUGCUGGCGGAAGUCUGCAGAGCCAAACAGUGGAUGCCACAUCUUCCGUUGAAGAGGAUGAUAUCUUGAACUUCUUACUUGGUGGCGAUUAUGAGUCGGCGAGAAAUUCAUUGGCAUCACUCCUGACGCGACAGAGAGGGGAGUAUAUCUUCCGGAUAGGAGUUCGGUCACCCACUAGCACCCUAUUUUCUGGGGAACCCCUCGACAACGCUUCUGGAUGGACAGGCGUCUCUCUGACGGAGGACCACAUUGGGAAUGCUAUUUUAGGUGUCGAGAAAGUAGUGGAGGAGAUAGGUGCCAAGGUGUCUGUAUUGUUCCGUGCUGGUGGUUUACACCCUCGAGCUGCUAUCCUGCUUCGCUUACCACCCCUUGACAUUGCUCUGACCCCGGAAGUGCGAUGUGCGGUAGUAGGCAACGUCGACUCAGGCAAAUCAACAACUCUCGGAGUAUUGACACGAGGUACUCUCGACGAUGGGAGAGGACGAGCCCGUGUCGCACUCUUCCGACAUAAGCAUGAGUUGGAAACAGGAAGAACAUCUAGUGUCGGCAUGGAGAUAUUGGGAUUUACUGUAUCAGGAAUUCCGGUGCUACCCGGGCGGAUCGAGGGACAAGGUCCGGGCACGGUUCGAAUCGAUAGGCUUGGAUGGGAGGACAUCGCUGCUCAGUCAGCCAAGAUUAUUUCUUUCAGUGAUUUGGCGGGACAUGAGAGGUAUUUAAAGACAACAUUGUACGGACUUACCUCAGGGGCACCAUCUUGUGUGAUUUUGAUGGUGGGAGGGAACGCAGGCUUCAUUGGGAUGUCCAAAGAGCAUCUAGCCAUCACCCUCGCCCUAAACGUACCCGUCAUCGUUUGCGUCACGAAGAUUGACAUGACACCCCCCAAUGUGCUUUCCGAGACCUUAAAACAAGUAACGAAAGUUCUGAAGAGUCCGGGGUGCAGAAAAACACCAGUGUUGGUGAAAUCUACAGAGAUCGUGAUAGAACUCGCCCAAGUAUUCGCGCAGAACAAGAUUUGUCCUAUUUUCAAGUUGUCCAACGUCACUGGCGAAGGAUUGGAUUAUCUUCGGACAUUUCUGAACCUACUCCCCCCAAGCGAACACGAUAGUGAAGCAUUUGCAGUUGAUCAACCGCUGGAGUACUCCAUUACCGAAGUAUGGUCGGUACCCUAUGUCGGGACGGUUGUCAAUGGUAUCUUGAACAAUGGCAGAGUGAAGACGGGAGACGCAAUCCUAUUUGGACCAGAUGCGAAUGGACAUUUUCAGUCCACGGUUAUCCGUAGUAUGCAGCGUAAACGUGCAGAUGUGUUCUCGGCUGAAGCAGGACAGUGUGUCUCGUUGGCGCUGAAACGAGUUAAGCGUGUUUCUGUAAGGAAGGGAAUGGUAAUUGUGCAUAAAUCAGAUGCACCUCCAGGAGCAACUCGUAGAUUCGAGGGACAGGUUCUCGUCUUGUAUCAUAAUACCACUAUGCAACCAAAUUAUCAGGCUAUGCUUCACUGCGGAGCUGUACGCCAAACUGUUCGGAUUGUUUCAUUGGACCAUCCACAAGGGGUUCUACGGACGGGUGAUAGAGCUACCGUGGAGUUUGAGUUCAUUUCUCGCCCGGAAUUCAUCAAAGUAGGCAUGAAAUUGCUAUUCAGAGAAGGGAAAACCAAGGGUUUAGGAGUGAUUACCCGACUUCUUGGAUGACGCCGAGAAUCGCAUCGUAGGUACGGGCUUACACUACGCUCGCGUCAGUUGAGUC